AUGUUACGAAAUUACUAUAUCCUUUUCGUUCUGACGAUAAUUCUUCUCUUGUCGUAUUCCGGAGACGCGGACAUUAGGAGAGACUGUCGCAGGGAGUCGAAGGUUUCGUGGGCCGCAUUACGGAGGAUGAAGUCGGGAGACCUAGAACAAGAAGACCAAAACUUGAAAUGCUACUUGAAGUGUUUCAUGAUGAGGCAUGGCAUUCUGGACAAGAACGCGAAAGUAGACGUACAGAGAGCACUUCGACAUCUACCGCGAAGCUUGCAGGACUCGUCAAAGAAAUUGUUUAACAAGUGUAAAUCUACCCAAGGAAGCAAUCCCUGCGACAGAGCUUACGAGAUGGUAAAAUGUUACGUCGAGCAUCAUCCGGAGAUUUUGCACAGCGUGCCUUUCCUCUAAAGCUACCGUUGGG